UGACAUGUAACGGUUCACGAUUUAUUAGUUUUUAAUUUUUUUUUAAAUUAGACAAAAAAAAAACCUAAGAACCGACGCCCCCUCUAGCGUUAAUCAUGCUCUAACUACGGCAAUUACUUUCAUUAUUUUCAUCGAAGUAAGUUUCUAAGCUUGUAAUUCCUGUUAAAUACACUCGGAACCGUUUUUCUAGAUUGCACUUGUCAACAAAACUAAAUACAUUAUACAAAACAUUCACGAAAAUAUCCAAAAAGCCAAAGAAACGUAAAACAUAAAACACGCAAAUCAAAAAGCAAAAUUAGAUUAGACUUUAAGCAAAAAAUAAUAAUUAGGCUAAACCCUUUAAAAAAAAGUAAUUAGAAUUGAAGCGUAGAUUUGUCUAUAAAGUGUAGACACGCCUAUUUAUUUGAAAACAACGUACAUCAUACGGAAUACUUGAAAAAUACCAUUAAUAGUUCCAUUCAGACUUGGAAAAUAAAAAAGUACCUAUGCAAGCAACUAAAAUUUACACAUGUAAUGCAUGCCGCACGCCACCGUUGAUAAGACCACCGGCCAAGCAUGCCCCAAUCAUCUGAUCAACAACGUCAUUAAUAAUUAUCUCUAUUUUAGAACAUAACUAACGAAUCAAAACGUAUAUAUUGUACUUAACUUUGCAUCCCACUGACUAAGUUAACUCAAUAUACAUAGCAUGGAUUAUUAACUAUUUUACGUAUAAAAUAUUAUUUAGAAUCUUUUGGGAAAAUAUAUUUCAGAAUAAGAAUAUAUGCCUAUUUAAAAGUAAUUUAAAGUUGCCCUCUCCUCAUGUUCCAACGGUCGAAUCUAGAAAGUAAAACAAUUUGAAAAAUUCCCAGAAAAAUAAUAAAAAUAGUUCAUAAGCAAGCGAGUGGAAACCACUAAGAAAGAACUGCGUACCUUCAUCAGCCAAUUUGUUACACUAUUUAAACUCAACAUUCAUAUUCUCCUAUACUACACGAAAUAAAACAAUAAGGAAUCUCCUCUGCGCAGGAUUGGGCUUAUAUACAAAACAUCAAAACGUCAUGUCGUAUUCAACAAUGCAACGUUCAUUGGAGAUUGAGUUAAUCUCAGCGGAAGGACUCAAGGUAGACCGUAAACCGGUGAAGAGAAAGACAUUCUGCGUUGUCAAAAUAGAUCAGAAGACUCGGGUUUGUAAACUGGAUGAAUCAGGUGGGAGUUGCCCUACCUGGAAAGAUAAAAUCGAGAUGGAGAUGCCCAUAAACGGUAGUGUAAGGUUUAUCUCCAUUGAGGUAUUAUCUCGUACAAGUGGUGGUGCAGAGAAGAACGUUGGGUACGCAAAGAUUCCUGUGACAGAUUUUAUGGGAGGAUUUGCUCCUCAAGGGCAUUUGAACUUUUUGAGUUACAGGUUGAGAGACGAGUAUGGUGACAAAAGUGGCAUCCUUAACGUGUCGAUAAUGGUGAAACCCGACGGUAACAAUAUUAAAUAUUCUACGCCAUCUCCUUUGGUGGUGGCUACGAGGGAUUACGCAGCGUGUAGUUCUCAGGCUGCGGUGAAUGGUCAAAUGUGGAGACCAAAGACAUCUUCAUCAAUGGCUGUGGGGGCAGGUUAUGGCGGUCGUGAAGUAACAGGAGUUCCUGUUUGGUUUAACAAGAACAAUCAGUAGUCUAGUGGUUAGAGAACCCUCUAGCUGAUCAUGUAUGCGCCGGGUUCGAUCCUGUGGAAGAGGAGCUGUGAGGAUACAAGCGCAUAAUGAUGGAUUGGAUUUCAUCUCUAACGUCUGAUGUACAGGCGAGAUUGGUGCGCAUCUGAGCUCUCUCUCUUCUUUUUUGCAUAAGAUUUGGUCUCUUUUCUCUCGAGUUUUCUUUUCAAAAUUAAAGAUACAUAUAUCAUAUCUAUAUAUAUAUAUAAAGUUGUUGGUGACCCUCCUGUGAUGCCACGUGGAAAGUCGUGCAUCCUAGAAGCGACACCUGUCCCUUUUCACAGAAACGAUGCGUUUCAUUUAUUUUUGUUUGUGUUCCGUCUGGGUUUUCGUUUUUUCUGUUGUCAUUAUUUUAGUUUAUAAAGUCCAAUCCACUAAGAAUUAACUCCAAAUGUAUAUUCGAAACUUAUACAUAUUGGGUUACUUUGUUAAAUUGGGUCAAAUUCUAAUCUUAACAAAAUAAUAAAGUAGAAAAUAUAAACCAAUUUUAAAUCAUUAAAAUAUUACAGACGAAAAUAAACAGAAAUUAUAAUAAAUCUAAAUAUAGAAUACUUAUGUCGGUAGAAGAAGAUAUGACAAUAAUGGCGAUGGUGGAAGAAAUGACAACGGUGGUGGCCGGAACAAUUGAGAGUGCUCAGUUGCAAAUAUGGUAAAUGUAAACAGCGUCGGUGGUGAUGUGUAAAUGGUUCUCCACGUUCUUCUCCAAGAAGUCAGAUCUGAAACAUGCAAAUGAAAAGGAAAAAAUAAGUCAAGGAUAGAAAAAAGGCGAAGACAAGAAAAUGAGUGCGUUGGGAAGAAAAGAAGUCAAAGAUCCCAGAAGUUAAUGCAACUAUUGGAUUUAAAAGCAAAGGAUGUAUGAUCAAUGAAAGAAAAUAAACAAUAUACUAAAAGAAAUUAAAGUAAAUGUCAAAGCAUAAAGAAAAAUAUGAAUUUUUUCAAAAAAAAAAAGAUAUGAAGAAGUUAAGAAAAGAUCUGAAGAAAUUGAAAAAAGAAAAUUGCAGAAGUAGAAAAGAAAGCGAAGAAGAAAAUAAAAACAAAUAAAGGAAGAAGAACGAUUUGAUGAAUAAAUCUAUAUUUUCUUAUUCUUUUUUUGUAACUGGAAUAAAUCUAUCAUACAAUAAAACCACUUUAUAACAAAUAUUUUAUAAAACUAAUAAUAUUUUAUUAGAAAAUAUUAAAUUGAGUAUUUUAUGAAACGAACUACGUGUCAUCUUUCAUAGGUUUUGUAUGUCGAGGGAUUGGUGAACAAAUAUUGUCUCAGUGAAUUGUCUCAGUGGCCCAAAAAAGAGCCUCUAACUAACACACACAAAUAGUAAUCUUUGCUAAGAGAAUAAUAUUAACUUUUAAAAUGAAUUAGUAGUAUAACACAUAAUAUAACUUAUAACCGUUAUAAAUUUUUAUAUAGCAGUAAAACAUAAGAUCUAUAAAUUUAUAAAUGUUUUCAUUAUGAUUUUAUCACAUCUAAAUAAUGAAAUGUGAUAAUAUAAUCUAUACUAAUACCAAAUAUUUUGUAAACCAAUUCAUUUUAUUUUACUUUGUAGGAAACUCACUAUUCGCUAAGGUAUGUGGCAUACCGAAAUCUAACGAGUUAUUAAAAACACAAAAAGAAUAAAAAGUACUUUAACAAAAAAAAAGUAAGCAGAAAGAAAUUUGUUGUGCUAUUUAAUAUAUACGUAUAAUACAAAGUUUGCAUGUAUACUAUAUGUUUAUAUGA